AUGGAGAUUCAUGAACAAAUCGCUGUAAAAUACAAUGUUGGAAGAUCAUCGGUAGGUAGGUUCCUGCAGAAUAAAAAUGCAAUUCGGAUGGCAGUCGAAAAAUACAGAGAAUACGGUCUGAAGAAACGGCGAACACUGAAAGAGCAGCACUUUCCGUUGAUGGAGGAAGCACUUUUCAUUUGGAUUUUGCAGCAGAGAGAAGCAAAUAUUGUUGUCCCGGCAGACAUUAUGCGCACAAAAGCAGAUUCCCUAUUCAGGGAAUUCCAGAAGCACGGCUGCUAUUCUGACAACACAUUUCUUGCUUCAAACGGUUGGUCUCGUCGGUUUAAGGAACGUCAUGGAUUGCGAAUGGUAACUGCUGCCGGGGAGAAAGCAUCAGCGGAUUUGGAAGCCUAUGGUAAGUUCAAGACGGUGUUGAUGCAAAAGAUACUGGAUAUGGGUAUAAAUCGAUCGCAACUUUUCAACGCCGACGAAUCUGCUCUAUUUGUCAAGCUCAUUGCUUCUAAAACUGUUGUAUUGUGGGAUGAGAAAGCAGCUUCUGGACGAAAAUUGAACAAGACUAGAUUUACCUUCAUGCCAUGUUCCAAUUCCGACGGUUCAUUGAAACUUAAGCUGAUGUUUAUUGGAAAAUCAGAAAACCCACGCGAUCUCCCGCAAGGACCAAACAAGGACUUACCAGUUUCGUACUAUUUUUCCAAAAAAGCAUGGAUGACACGGGUGCUGUUCCGAAAAUGGUUUGAAGAAGAAUUCGUACCAUCUGUCCGUCAAUUUUGUCGCGAAAGGGGAAUUGAGCCGAAGGCUCUUCUUGUUUUGGACAACUGCUCCGCUCACCAUGACGGUUGUGACUUGAGGAGUGAUGAUGGCCUGAUUCAAGUCAUCUAUCUGCCCCCCAACGUAACUAGCGAGUGCCAACCGAUGGACCAGUCUGUCAUAAACGCCAUCAAGACACGGUACAAAAGAAAAUUGAUGCUUAAACUUGUACUAGAAGACGAAGCCUUAUCGUUCGACCAACGGUUGAAGAAAGUUUCACUCAAAAUGUGUUUGGAUUGGUUGGCCGCUUCAUGGGAGGAAAUAAACCCUUCAACAAUCAGGAAUUCGUGGAAUAAGUUGGUCGACGAGUUUCCAGAUUUUGGGGAUGAGGAAUUCAUAAUAGAUGACCAGCCAUUACUUGUCCCAAAUGAAGAAGCAACGUCGAUUAAUGAUAAUUUGGCUGAUAUUAGGGCGUUAGUAGCUGCAGCUGAUAAGCUCGUCGGGACUGAAACUAGUGAGGAAUCAUUGAACCGAUGGUUGAAUGACCAGGUAGUCGACGCUGAGGGAAAUUUGUUAUGUGGCACAAGCCAGGUGUAUACCGACGAAGAAAUAAUAAAUGGUUUGCUACGUGGUUUCGAUGAGUCAGUUGUUCUAGAUGAAGAGUGGUUGAACGAUACCGAUAUAAAUGCUCCUGAAGACUUAUCAUCAUCUCAUCCAAUUUCACCAGAAGACUCGAUCAAGCCAGACUUUUCUCUUGUGUUGCGAUCGCUCGAUAUCGUUGUUACAUACGUUGAAGAUGAUGUUUCGGAGGCUGCUCGUCUCAAAUCACUACGCAGCAAGUUGAUUGAAAAAGAGUGGAAACGGCGCAAUAUGUAGCAAGCAAGUUUAUUGAAAACGACUGGAAUCGGCGCAAUAUGUAAUGUUAAGCUACAUGAACUUGUUGACUCAUACUUUGUUAAUUGAAAAUGAAAUACAAAUAUUUGAUUAUUUCUGAGGACAA